GACAGCAACAAAAACAACCUGCCUGUUGCUUGAUUUCGUGUAUUUCUGUUUUUAACGCUUUUUCAAUCAGAGUUACAUAAUUUCUAUUAUUCUUUAACCAUUAAUACAUUAUUCAAAAACCAUGAGUUCACCAAUUCCUGAUACUCCGUCUGAUAGAGAUGGGGCUCGGUCAAGAAUGACAUCACCGGCACGGGAAUAUGAAAUGUUCGAAGAUGAAAGUGCAAUCCUCGGCGACAAUGCCGUCGAAGAAGAAGACGAUGGAGAGGAGCUUUUUAACGAUAAUAUGGAAGCGGAUUAUCGUCCUAUGCCAGCUUUAGACCGUUAUGACAAUGAGGGCUUGGAUGAUGAUGACUACGACCCAAUGUCUGUUGAGGCUCGUGUGGCUGCUGAACAGGAGCUGCGGAGAAGGGAUAGAGAUGAAGGCAGAAUCAGACGGGAUGAUCAAGGACUGUUUUAUGAUGAAUCUGAUGAUGAAAGUACAGACGUUCCUCGUAGUAAGCGUCGUCGCGAUGCCGAAAGGGCAGCAACCGGAGACAAGGAGCAAACAGAAGAAGGCAUUGAAAGUAUUGAGAAUCUCGAGGAUACAAAGGGAUAUACAACUAAAGAAUGGGUCUCUAUGUUGGGACCUAGAACAGAAAUAGCUAAUAGGUUUAAAAACUUUCUCCGAACCUACGCGAAUAACAAAGGACAAUUCGUUUACAAGGAUCGUAUACGACGUAUGUGCGAACACAAUCAAGCGUCAUUUCACGUUGAAUUCGAUGUUCUUGCACGGAAAGAACAAGUGCUUGCCUUCUUCUUACCAGACGCACCGUUCCAAAUGCUUCAAAUCUUCGAUGAAGUAGCCAAAGAGAUUGUUUUACAAAUAUUCCCGAGUUACGAACGUGUGACGUCAGAGAUCCACGUCCGUAUAUCUGAUCUGCCGCUUAUAGAAGAGUUGAGAACAUUCCGGAAGCUUCAUUUGAAUCAGUUAGUGAGAACUGUAGGUGUGAUUACCGCAACAACUGGUGUUCUACCUCAGUUAUCUGUUGUGAAAUAUGAUUGUAAUAGAUGUGGUUAUAUACUUGGGCCGUUCGUACAAUCGCAGAACUCGGAAGUGAAGCCGGGAUCUUGUCCGGAGUGUCAAAGCGCUGGGCCUUUUAUGGUGAAUAUGGAGCAAACAGUAUACCGUAACUACCAGAAGGUGACAAUCCAGGAGUCUCCGGGCCGCAUCCCGGCAGGCCGUAUACCUCGCAGCAAGGAUUGUAUACUUUUAGCUGAUCUCUGUGACAGAUGUAAACCUGGUGAUGAAGUGGAUUUGACUGGAAUAUAUACUAACAAUUAUGAUGGAUCACUUAAUACUGAACAGGGAUUCCCAGUAUUUGCAACAGUAAUUAUAGCUAAUUACAUAGUAGUUAAAGACUGUAAGCAUAUCGUGGAAUCUCUAACAGACGAGGAUGUUGCCAGUAUUAUAAAGUUGUCCAAAGAGGCUAACAUCGGAGAGAGAAUUGUACAGAGUAUGGCACCUUCUAUAUAUGGACAUGAUUUUAUUAAAAGAGGUCUAGCGUUAGCUUUGUUUGGUGGAGAACCUAAAAAUCCAGGUGAAAAGCAUAAAGUUCGAGGAGACAUCAAUGUUCUUAUUUGUGGCGACCCCGGUACCGCCAAGUCACAGUUCCUUAAAUAUACUGAAAAGAUCGCACCCCGUGCCAUAUUUACAACUGGUCAAGGAGCGAGCGCGGUCGGUCUCACUGCUUAUGUAAGAAAGAAUCCAACAACAAGAGAAUGGACAUUGGAAGCUGGUGCUUUAGUGCUGGCGGACCGCGGAGUGUGUCUCAUAGACGAGUUCGACAAAAUGAACGAACAGGACAGAACCUCCAUACAUGAAGCUAUGGAGCAACAAUCCAUCUCCAUAUCCAAAGCAGGCAUCGUUACAUCACUACACGCCAGAUGCUCAAUAAUAGCAGCGGCGAACCCAAUAGGAGGUCGCUACGACCCCUCGCUUACGUUCUCAGAGAACGUGAACCUGUCGGAGCCGAUACUGUCGCGGUUCGACGUGCUGUGCGUGGUGCGGGACGAGGCCGACCCCAUGCUGGACACACAUCUCGCUAAAUUCGUAGUAAGUUCUCAUAUGCGACAUCACCCGACAAAACGCGGAGCUACCUUAGAGGAUAAUAUUACGGACGAUAUCGGCAUACCGCAAGAUUUACUGAAGAAAUAUAUCGUAUAUUCGAAGGAAAAUGUACAUCCCAAGUUACAGAACAUGGAUCAAGAUAAAGUGGCCAAGAUGUACAGUGAGCUGCGACAGGAGUCCCUCGCAACUGGCAGCUUGCCCAUCACUGUCAGACAUAUUGAGUCAGUUAUCCGUAUGAGCGAAGCGCACGCACGUAUGCAUCUACGGGCUCAAGUAGACGAACAGGACGUCAACAUGGCCAUACGCACUAUGCUUGAAAGUUUCGUCGAUACGCAGAAAUACAGCGUUAUGCGACCUAUGAGACAGACGUUCCAGAAAUAUCUAUCAUACAAGAAGGAUCACAGCGAACUAUUAUACUACAUUCUACGUCAACUCACAAUGGACCAGUUAGCUUAUAUGCGUGGUUUGCACAAUCACUCACAGUCCACUAUAGAGAUAUCAGAAAGAGAUCUAACGGAGAGAGCGAGACAGAUAAACAUCACAGACCUCAAGCCGUUCUACGAUAGUAGGAUAUUCAAAAUCAACAACUUCAGUUAUGACCAGAAAAGGAAAGUGAUUAUUCAUAUUUUGCCAGAAGCGCCUAGUGCGACGUAAUGAACUGGAUAUGUACAGUCGCGGACAUCCGCGGUGUUAUAAACUCCGCCUUUUACAAAUAACCAAUUAGGUAACAGUGAAUUAUGUAAACGACGGGAUAAUAAAAAAAGCGGUGUUCUACUGACUGACAUCAUACUAAUAUUAUAUAUGCGAAAUUUUAGACAAAUGGAU